UCGAGUGCCAGGUUCAGAGCCCGGCAGGUGGCUGGCCAGACCCUGACAGUGUUCAGUGAGGAGGGGCUGGACUGGGCUGGACUGGGCUCAUCCGGCUAGCUUAGCUUGUUCGGAGAUGCACCGUGACACCGGUUCACAUGACAAGAGCAGUUUAAGGGGUGAGUAACAGUUGGUCCAGAGGUCAGAAGAGGUCACAGGCAGCACGGCGCUGAAUGUCCAUGACAGCUUCAUGGGCCUGAAGGACCAUCUGGAUGAUGGAGCAGGCCACAUCCUCGACCUGGGGCUGGAUCCGGACUAUCUCCAUGUGAAGGCUGUAGACCGGCAGGUCGGUGCAGAUGCCCUUUCCAGAAUGGACAGGGGCUCAUUGGACACCAGCGAGGAAGGAGCACCCAGCUCUGGGAGAUGUCCUUCUUCGUCCCGGGGUGACUCUGAGGACAGCUGUGGAUCUGAUGGCGAGGUGGAGCAGGGCUGUACUCUUGCUCCAAGCGACAGAUCAGCUCGAGCUGUACAUCCGCCACUUUGCCGCUCUCCAUGUCUGGAUCUGGAUUCCCCAGGGCUGCCGGAAGUGACGCAGGAUAAUCCAAACACUGAAAAUUCUCUAAGGGAGUACCAGACCAAGUUGGAGUUCGCUCUAAAGCUAGGUUAUGCUGAGGACUUGGUCCAAUUGGUAUUAAGCAAGCUCGGGUCAGACGCGCUAAUCAAUGACAUCCUAGGGGAGCUGGUGAAACUUGGAAGCAAGUCAGACAAUGACAGUGGCGCGACGACUUCAUCCACUUCCACUUCUUUGUCUUUAGCGUCUUCCGGGUCAUCGUCGUCUUCAGCAUGUAGCUUCUCAGACUCGACCGAUUUGCGAUGCUCUGAAUCGCCAGCACAGUCAAUCCUGGAUGACAAGGAUAACCUACGCCCCAUAGUUGUGGAUGGAAGCAAUGUAGCCAUGAGCCAUGGCAACAAGGAGGUGUUUUCUUGCCAAGGUAUACAGCUUGCAGUGGACUGGUUCCUUGAACGUGGCCACAAAGACAUCACAGUAUUCGUACCAGCGUGGAGAAAAGAGCAGUCCCGACCUGACGCUCUCAUCACAGAUCAAGAGAUCCUGAGGCGACUGGAGAAGGACAAGAUCCUGGUCUUCACACCCUCUCGCCGGGUCCAGGGGCGUAGGGUGGUGUGCUACGAUGACCGGUUCAUCGUCAAGUUGGCUUACGAAUCGGAUGGCAUCAUUGUCUCCAAUGACAACUACAGGGAUUUGGCCGUGGAAAAACCAGAGUGGAAGAAGUUUAUUGACGAACGACUUCUCAUGUACUCGUUUGUCAAUGAUAAGUUCAUGCCUCCUGAUGAUCCCCUUGGUCGGCAUGGCCCCAGCCUUGAGAACUUCCUGAGAAAAAGGCCUAUCAUCCCAGAACACAAAAAACAGCCUUGUCCAUAUGGAAAGAAGUGCACUUAUGGUCACAAGUGCAAAUUCUACCACCCAGAGCGUGGCACCCAGCCCCAGCGCGCCGUAGCCGACGAGCUGCGUGCUAGUGCCAAGACCUCUGCAGCCAAAGGCACAAAUGAGUCCGGCCUUGUGAAAAGCCACAGUGUUCCUGGAGGCUCUCGUAAUGAUAAAACCGGUGACGGAAAGCGUUCACACUCAAAGCGGCAGUCGGACCCCAGUGUCCGCACCCUUUCAUACGGUGACGUGGAGGACAAGCUGAGCUCCAAAACCAAAGCAGACCCCCAGAACAGCAGCUUGACCCUACCCCCUGCACCAGGUGGGCCCCCUUCCUGCCACACUCACACACAAGACCAGAGAGAACAGCUGACAUGCUUUUCCAAAAGUCACGCAGUGCCAGCUUUCCCUCAGACAGACUCCUACCCCACCUGUGAGUCUCCGGACCUCAGCUACUACUCCCUUGUUCGUGGCUACUCUGGCCUCAGCUUGUCCACCCAAAGGAGCCCAGAGCGACCUUUCCUUUCUGAUAUGGAUGCACGGCUCAGUUCCGUGGCAUCUGACUGCAGCAGCGAGGGCAGCGCCAGCUCUGAUUCGUAUGGCACGGUGCCUCCUGGUGAGCGCUCCUGCAUGAGCUCGCCUGACUCACUGUUGGACGAUGGGCUCAAGUGUCAUCAUUACCACCACCUCCACCACCACCGCAGGCAGUACCCGCUGCCCAUGUUCCUGCCUCCACCACCCAACCACCACCACCAGAGCCGUGUGCUCUCCCCAGUCCCUUCGACUCACCCAGGGUACCACCACGGGAUGGCCCGCGGACUCAGCUUCACACAAGACGACCAGUCUCCGGAGCCCCACUUCAAGCACUCAGUGUCAUACAUUAGCCCACAAGUUCAGCACCAGAUGAUCGGUGCAAGAUCCAGUUGUCCUGGAGAGUACCCUCCUCAGAGUUCCCCACUGAGUCGCGGACUGGCAUCCACACGUCUUGACAGCGUGUCUGACUCCAGGCUCUAUGAGCGUUCACCCCUUUUGGCCAGGAAGCCCUUCACAGACCAGGAGAGGCUGGCUAGCUGGGAGCCAUACUAUCAGCAGCCCUGCUAUGAGCCAUUCACCUUUCAGAGCCUCCCAGAAAACAGGCAGCAAGCAUGGCGGGUGCCUUGGGGACAAACUCCUCUUCAUCCUUCGCCUCCUCAUCCAUCCCAUAAUCCCCACCAGCACCAGGAACCACCUGUCCUCGGUCGCUACCAGGAAUCGCGUGAGAAAGUGUUUGUCAACCUGUGCAACAUCUUUCCCACUGAGCUUGUGCGCCUGGUCAUGGGCCGUUAUCCUCACGUUACCGAUGCCCAACAGCUGGCAGCCGCUAUCUUGGCUGAAAAGAGCCAGGCUGGAUACUAACAACUCUUGCAAACGAUUGGAAGUGUAGCAAAUAUAUUGAGUUCAAUUAACUUGUUUUUCCUGAGGAUUACAGAGGCAUCUACAAGGGAUUGUCCAGGCCUUGAUUGGUCAUACAGUGCUUCCAUUUGGAGGUUUUUACAAGGUUUUGAUGGAAACCUGUAAACAUGCUCGUUGUGAGGACGAGCCAUGUCUUACUCGGAUUUCUUACUUGACUCAGUUUGAAGUCUGUCAAGUUGAGGUUUUUUUUUUCCCCCCCCAGCAGUGGAGCCAUAACUGCUAGUAGCAAUUUGUCUACCUGAAGUGUGAAUGUGGAAAUGAGUGUGACAUUAUUUAUUUUAGUCUAUAUAUAUAUAUUUCCAGCAAGAUUUUGCUUUAUGUUGACCAUUUGGUUCAGGUGAGCAUGUACUGAUUCACAAGGCACUUUUACAUUGCUGUUUAUCAAAUGUAAAGUUGAUAGCUUAUGUCAAUCAAACAAGAACUGAUGGAAGGCCAGAUGAUUUGUAGGAUUGAACUGCAUACUGAGAUCAGGUGGUUGUCGCUGAUGCAGAAAUUGGGCUCACGUGGGGGAAAAAAUGACCAAAUAAAGAGCGAGCAAAGGGCAGGACCCUGUUUACUAUAAAAUUUUUUAAUUUAAAGUCAGUUGAAAUACAUUCCCACAAUAUCUGGCCUUUCAUAAUCCUUGUGAUAUAAUGCCUACUCUCACUUGAAAUUUGAUGUUUUGUUUUUAUUUAGUUUCUCAAAAUUGCUUUCCCCAUAACCAAUUUUUGAAUCAAGAAUCAUUGGGUCUUUGGGGACGCGCACCAGUAGCUGGCCCAGUACUCACUGCGCUUUCUUUUAGUAGUAAGGUUGUGUUAAAUUAUCAUCGUUUAUUUCUUACAGGAAUCGUUUAAGCUUUGUUGCUUUGAGACGUUUUAUUCAUGUGUGGAUGUGUGAUCAUGACUGAGAGCUUGGGUGGAAAAUCUCAUCAACCAUCAAAUUGCAUCAUAUUACCAGUGUUAAUAGAUUCAGUGGCAGAGUUUCCCAAAAGGGGCGUGGUUUUUAGAAGUAACCUUGACUCAGCACUUUUUGGGAAACUUUCGCCGUGGUCCAUAGCCACAGGUGUAGUGUAGGUGAGACAGACGCCACCAGUCUGUCUUCGUACCUUAGUUUUAGUAAGGGAUGUCUCUGGCCUCACAUAUCGAGUGGCACGCUACAGUCACUCGUCAUCUUCAUCCCGGUGCUGUACAAGCAGUAACGAGGGAAAACCUGAUUGGGUGAGAAGAUCGAGAGUCGCACGUUCGAGAACUUCCAAUGAGACGUUUGUGUGUGUUACUGACGUGUCCCGUGGUAGCCAGAGAAUACCUGUCCUCGUUGAUACAAAUUGUAUCUUUUUUUUAAACUUUAAAAAAAAAAAAGGAAAAAAAAAAAGGAAAAAAAAAAAGACAUUUAUAUACAUAUUAAUCUAUGGAUAAAAUAUAUUCACAAAGUUAUGUACAAUAUGUAGUACUUGUGUAAUUUAAGAUAUUUUUGGCAACAUUUUAUCAUUACUUCAAGGACGAAGGUUGAAGCCUUUCCUUCAUUUGUUGUUUUUUUUUUGUUUUUUUUUGGUGGGCUAAAAAGAGCAUCAAAUGCAUCUUUUAAAAAGGAUAGAGGGUAUUACCAUGAAGAUAUUUACUAAUUAUUUUAUUUAUUUAUUUUAUUUGGAAGCAAAGGGUUAUUUAUGGUCUAUACCUAGAAUUAAAAAGAAUGGGUUUUGGGGGAAUGAAGUUUUUUAUUUUACAAUUUUAUGAGGCAAAAUGAUUAAUUCUAUGUAUUAUUAGGUUUUAAUUUGUUUUCUGCUGAUAUGGUUCUAAGUGGUUUUCCAAAAGCUUUAUUAUUAUAAUGAUUGUACUCAUAUGGUAGCGAGCGGAUGCUUGCUGAACCAUAUGAUUGGUUAUUAGGCCAUGAUGCUUCUGGAAGACUUGUAAACUAAAAAAAACACAAAAAAAACAAAAAAAAACACACACACAUUUUCCGUAUUUGCCUGUGGAACAAAACAAAAAUUGAUCACACAGACCUCGUGUUUUACCUGAAAAUAUUAUCCGAUGCAUUUCAAGAGGGCUGGGCUCUUUGGGGGUAAAAUGCUGCCUGAAAUAUUUGUUAGGAGCACCUUUGUUUUGAAAAUGAAGAGCCUUCCCUCGAGCCAGGUGGCACCAUGUGCCAUCGUUGGCAGUGGCGUGGGCAUAGAGUAAAUGCCUCUACACGGCAUUGUGCUUAAGACACAUCUGAAUAAUCUGAACCAUGUUCAGCUUACGAGUUUUCAGGGCCGGCCUUACUGCGGGACGUCCUUAACGCCAGUGUAUUUGCAGAAUAAUUACUACUGUUAUUACCCAAGCAUGCAGCGGACAGUUUUCACUCAAACACACGACAUUAUGGACGUCUUCAGUAAAGUGGCACCAGUUUUCAUAUAUAAAUAUAUAUAUAUAAAAGUUGUUGUUUUUUUUGGUGUUUUUUUCUCUCUCAUUGUGCUAUGCUGUAAUCAAAGCUUCUGUGGACUUGCUGUGAGUUAAUGUUACGCCUUGUCCAUCAAGUCUCUCAGAGCUUUGCUAAAGCUUGUUGUGGAAACGUAUACAGGCUAAUUGCAAAACCAGUUUCCCGUGAUGCGCAUCCCGAUCCGCGGAACGACUCGCACAGGGAGAAGACUAAAGCCGAACGCCUUUCCACGUAGAUGUAUCGGAAGGUUCAGUAAUUACUCAUUGAUUCAUGAGAUGUAGGCUUUACGCUCAAGGACCAAAGUGAACAGUGAAGUAGUCAGCGCUAGGAUUCAGAAGACCCGAUGAUCCAUAGUGCAUUCGUUGGUCCAAAGCAAGAUAGUCUUUCAGAUUCUUUUUUUUUUUAAAAAAACGGAUGAAGUUAUACUGUUGGAGAGGGGGGAAAUAGUCCGGGAUUUUUAACGAUUUAUGACAGGAAAAUAAGUGGUCUGAACUUUGUUGUUGCUGCAGAACCUGGAGUUUCCAAAUGUGUAUUUUUAUUGAAAUAAAAAUACCAUCAUCAAGUUUCA